UGGGGCAUGCUAGCCAGUGUAGAGAGGGCUACGCCGGUACAGUUUGUAAAGGCCAGCGCUGCCGUGUGUGCUGUGUCACUGUGUACCCAUCUAUCCGUGUGUCCUCUCUGUGUGUGGUGUUUAGGAUCUGGGUUUUAUCAUGCAUUCUGUUGAUUCUGUUCGUUCUGUCCUAGCAUAGGAAGCAUGCUUGCUCAUCUUACUCUGUACUGUCACCUGCACAACAGCCCGCUGUACCUUUUUAAUUUCUCUAUAAAACAAGCUAGAGACAAUGCGGCCAAUUGAGUUGCUUUCAAAGUGGCUGCUGGCCAGGCCUGUUGCAACAGCUGAUGGCUCUCUCAGUGUCAGGAGCUAUUUCUGCUCCAUUAGCUUCUAUCAGGCCAUAAAAGGCUGGUCCCAUGUGGAGCUGCCACAUUGCCUCCGACUGUGUCCUCCACCACAGUGUCUUCAGAUUUCAUGUGGAUUUACCCAGGAAUGGAUGACUCCGCCAAGACCAGAGUGGGCAAGCGCAGCCUCGAAGACACCAGGGGCCUGGGGACUUCAAAAAGAAGAUCCUUUUUAUUAAUAUUUUGGUGUUCUUCCUUCAGAGAAACUCUUGGGAUGUAGCCCUCACCUAUUUCCUGAAUCUGGCAUCUCAGCACCCUCUGGAAAGCACCGUUCUAAAUAUACCCUGCUGUGAAUCACUCCACUGAUAGAGGCUGUUGCCUUGUUUGUUGACCACUGUUCUUGUGAGUGCUACUGAUCUAACUUGGGAAAUUUUGCUUUUUGUUUAGUCUCUAGAGAUAAUGUUCAUCAAAGAGACUCAAGAAUCCCCAAGGCUGAGUUAGAGGACAUAGAUGGUUUUUAUUUUUGUUUUGUUUUUAUUACAACAAUAAGGGAUUGUACUGUGUUCCUGGCCCCUCUCACUUAGAGGAACGAGGAUUACACAGAAAUUUGAAAUUUCAACAAGAAGAACUUAAGAUUCCUGGGAUUCCCACAUCAAAGAAAAGCUGCAAGCUUUCAGGAAGAGUUUUCCUUUGAUGAUAAAGAAGAACCUGCCAACCACAGGAGAGGCCUUGAUGCCAAGUGCUUAGCUGUACUCCCUAAAGUUGCAGAAUUAAGAAAAAUCUUCGAACCAAAGAGGAAAGACUUUUUAGAAAUGAAAAGAAAAGAAAGAAUUGCUAGGCGCUUAGAAGGAAUAGAAAAUGACCCCCAGCCCAUCCUGUUGCAGAGCUGCACAGGGCUAGUGACUCAUCGGCUGCUGGAAGAAGACACACCCAGAUACAUGCGCGCCACAGACCCUGCGAGCCCUCAUACAGGGCGAUCCAAUGAAGAGGAAGACACUCCUGGGUCCUCCCUAGAAAAGCAAACAACUUCUAAAUACUGCACAGAAACCUCGGGCGUCCAUAGUUCGGGCUCCAUGGACACCCACAGUCUGGAGUCCAAAGCAGAAAGGAUCGCAAGAUACAAAGCAGAGAGAAGGCGGCAGCUGGCGGAAAAGUAUGGGCUGACCCUGGACCCGGAAGCUGACUCCGAAUACUUGUCUCGAUAUGCCAAGUCUCGGAAGGACCCAGAUGUGACUGAGAGACGAGGAAAAAGUGACAAGCAAGAAGAACAGAGCAAGGAUGCCAGUUCCCGGCACUCCAGGAUGGAGUCAGGGCCCAGGACCAGCUUGGUUGUGUCCCAGGACUGUACCCCGCUGGGAAGCAAUGUAUCUGACCAGGAGCUGCUGCUCAAUGUGGAGAACCAGAGAAGAGUCCAAGAUCCCCUACUAGGAGAAGAUGGUUCCUCUGCCUUCUUUUCUGAGCAAAGCACCGCCUUCCCCGAAGUGCCCAGGUCUCCAAAGCACAUACCCAGCUCACCGCUGCAACAGCCAGCCUCCCCAAACCAUCCCGGUGACCCACCCCUGCCCAUAGAGGCCCGAGCCAGUAGUACAGGGAAGCCCGCACAUGAGUGGUUUCUGCAGAGAGAUUCUGAAGGCGAUACACCUUCACUUAUCAACUGGCCUUCCAGAGUUAAAGUUAGAGAAAAAUUGGUGAAAGAGGAGAGUGCUCGCAGCAGCCCUGAACUCACCUCAGAGUCCUUAACUCAGAGGAGACAGCAGCCAGCACCCGCGCAUUUCCUGCCUAUCCAGUCAGAAAGUUCCGCCUUUGAUAGGGUCACCAGCAAAGCAGUGAGCUCACUGAGGCCAAGGCAGAGUGGUGUCCUGACAACUGACCCUGUUCAUGCCAUCAAGCUGGUCACCAUGGACACACCAGAAAGCACAUCUGAAUGCAGCUGGGUGGGGUCAGCCACCCCAAAAGUUAUAAAAUCUACCACCUUGAAGAUUCUAGAAGGUGGGCCAAGGGAUGCUGCAGUACUCCAUAUUUGUGAGUCAAAAGCAGAAGAUGUGCUCUCCCCGGAACCUCUGGAGAGGAGUCCCAAGUCACUUUUGACCUCAGAAGAUGACAGACUUCUGAGAGGCCACAAAGACCCCUCUGGUAAUAAAGAUGUGGAUGAGGCCAUCAUUCACUCCAUCGACGGAGAACCUGAGAGAGAGCGGCAAGUUCAACACCCACCCACUCAGAGAACCGGCCGGAGUGAAAUGCUUCUGUAUGUUCAGAGUGGUCCUGUGUCCCAAGAUGCCACAUUGACCAGUCAUGCGAAGGAGGCCUCUCCGAAGAAGCGCAAGGUUCUGGCCCGCUCCCUGUCGGAUUACACAGGCCCCCUUCAGCUCCAGGCCCCCAGACACAAGGAUGCGGCCCCAAAGCAGGAGCUAGAGCUGCACAGUUCCAGGGCAGAAGGGCCUGGUGCAGAGGCCAGCAUGCUGGACACCAGAGUCUCCGUCGCCCAGCUCCGAAAUGUAUUUAUGGAGUCGGCCAGAGCCAGCAAGAAACCCGAACUCCAAUCCCGGGUUGAGAGGUCAGCUGAAGGAAUUGGCUUGCCCAUGGAACGGGAGAGAGGGUCUCGGAAACCAAGGCGCUACCUUUCUCCUGGUGAAAGUAGAAAAACUUCUGAGCGAUUUAGAACUCAACCUAUAACCUCAGCAGAGCGAAAGGAGUCCAAUAGAUACCCUUCUGGUUCAGAAGUGCCAGUGGCCGAGGAUGAAGAGAAGGUGGAUGAGCGGGCCAAGCUGAGCGUUGCUGCCAAGAGACUGCUGUUCAGGGAAAUGGAGAAAUCCUUUGAUGAACACAGUGUCCCGAAGAGACAUUCGAGAAAUGCAGCCGUGGAGCAGAGGCUGCGCCGCCUGCAGGACCGUUCACACACACAGCCCAUCACCACAGAGGAAGUGGUCAUUGCAGCCACUGAACCUAUCCCUGCUUCGUGUUCUGGGGUCACCCACCCUGUAACGGCGAGACUUCCUAGCCCCACUGUAGCUAGAAGUACUGUGCAGCCUGCCAGGUUACAGGCAUCGGCUCGCCAAAAGGCCUUAGCCAGGGACCAGGCAAAUGAGGGCAGAGAGUCUGCCGAACCAGGCGAGCCUGAUUCCUCCACUCUGAGCUUAGCCGAGAAAUUGGCCUUGUUUAACAAAUUGUCCCAGCCAGUCUCCAAAGCCAUUUCCACCCGAAACAGAAUAGACGUGCGGCAGAGGAGGAUGAACGCAAGGUAUCAGACACAACCGGUCACUCUUGGAGAGGUGGAGCAGGUACAGAGUGGGAAGCUCAUCUCCUUCUCACCCACUGUAAACACCUCUGUUUCUACCAUGGCCUCUGCGGUGGCUCCCACGUACGCAGGGGACCUUCGGAAGCCAUCUGUUGACCACAGCACAAGUGCCACUGACUAUAAAUCCCCUUCUCCUGCGGAAAACUCAGACUCUCCAGUCAGAAGCAUUCUGAAAGCACAGGCUUGGAGGCCUUUGGCAGAGCACAGUGGGAGCAGAGGAAUGCCGGGGGAGUCGGGAGAGACAGAAAGCAGGAAUGCUGUGACUGUGGCUGCCGGAGACAGUGGCGUUCAAACACGCGGAGCCUUCGAGGAGGAAGGGGAGCCCUCCUACCCCAUCCUUGGCGAUGGCCAGAAGGAACCUAAGCACGGCAUCCUGAGGCGGGGAAGCUUAGAGCUAGGGAGUCCUUCCGCUGCACACCUUGGUGAUGAGCUGAAGGAAUUUUCCACUGCUAAAAGCAGUUUGCAAGAGAGUCUGCACCUGAAGGAUCAGCAGGCCUCAGAGGAGAUCGCAGAUGUGGAAAAUGUCAUGAGGAAGUUCUCACUCAAAGAGUUUGGAGAGACUGCUUUGGAGCAGACGGAGGCGGCUGCCAGGAAAGCCUCUGUUCAGAUGGCAACCCCAGGGGUCCGGAAGCCGCAGGAGUCCUCUGAGCAACCAGCAGAGAAGCUCUUCAGGAACCCCAGCGCCAUGUUUGCUUCUGGAGAGGUCAAAGUGCCAGUGGGUGACAGCAUCCUGGAUUCACCCAGCAAAACCAUGUCAAUCAAAGAAAGGCUGGCACUGUUGAAGAAGAGUGGCGAGGAAGACUGGAAGAACAGGCUGAUUCGGAAGCAGGAAUAUGGCAAAGCCACCAGCAGCCUGCACACGCAGGAGGUGGAGCAGUCCCUGAAGAAAAAGGAAGAAGGAGGACUUACAGCUGAUAAUGCCAUUUCUAAUCUGCUUUGGGAACCUGUAUUUGCUUCUACUUACUCUCCUGCUAUGCCUGCUGCCCAUAAACACCUGUCUUUUGUAUCUGUUAAUCAGAGAGUCACAGAAAGUCGAGAGAGCCAGAUGACGAUUGAAGAGAGGAAACACCUCAUCACUGUGCGAGAGGAAGCGUGGAAGACGAAGGGCAGGGGAGCGGCCAACGACUCCACACAGUUCACCGUGGCAGGAAGAAUGGUGAAGAAAGGUCUGGCAUCACCCACAGCCAUAACUCCCAUUUCAUCCCCUCUCUGCAGUAAAUCAAGGGGCACUACCCCAGUUUCCAAACCCUUGGAAGAUAUUGAAGCCAGACCAGAUAUGCAGCUGGAAUCGGACCUGAAGUUGGACAGGCUGGAAACCUUCCUAAGGAGGCUGAAUAACAAAGUUGCUGGGAUACAGGAAACGGUCCUUACAGUCACUGGCAAGUCUGUCAAGGAGGUGAUGAGGCUGGACGAUGAUGAAACCUUCACCAGAUUCUACCGUAGCAUGGAUCACAGUAUGCCCAGAAGCCCUGUGGAACUGGAGGACGACUUCGAUGUCAUCUUCGACCCUUACACUCCCAAGUUGACAUCUUCCGUGGCAGAGCAUAAGCGCUCAGUCAGGCCCAAGCGCAGGGUCCAGGCAUCCAAGAACCCUCUCAAACUGCUGGCAGCAAGAGAAGAUCUCCUUCAGGAAUACACAGAGCAAAGGCUAAACAUUGCCUUCAUGGAGUCCAAGCGGAUGAGAGUGGAAAAGAUGUCAUCCAACUCCAACUUCUCAGAAGUGACUCUGGCAGGCCUAGCCAGCAGGGAGAACUUCAGCAGCAUCCACCUGCGAAGUGUCAACCUGAUGGAGCAAAACUCCAACAACAGCGCCGUGCCCCACAAAAAGCUCAUGCUGCUGCAGAUUAAAGGAAGAAGGCACGUGCAGACAAGGCUGGUAGAGCCUCGAGCCUCAUCACUCAACAGUGGGGACUGCUUCCUUCUGCUCUCUCCUCAGUACUGCUUCCUGUGGGUGGGAGAGUUCUCCAAUGUCAUCGAAAAAGCGAAGGCAUCUGAACUUGCAACGUUAAUUCAGACAAAGAGGGAGCUCGGGUGUAGAGCUACGUACAUCCAGACCAUCGAAGAAGGAAUUAACACACAUACUCACGCAGCCAAAGACUUCUGGAAGCUCUUGGGUGGCCAGACCAGUUACCAGUCUGCCGGAGACCCCAAGGAAGAUGAGCUGUACGAGACAGCCAUCAUAGAGACGAACUGUGUCUACCGCCUGACAGAUGACAAACUCGUUCCCGAUGAUGACUACUGGGGGAAGAUCCCCAAGUGUUCCCUUCUGCAGUCCAAAGAGGUCCUGGUGUUUGACUUUGGAAGUGAAGUUUAUGUGUGGCAUGGAAAGGAAGUCACGUUAGCACAACGGAAAAUAGCAUUCCAGCUGGCUAAGCACUUAUGGAAUGGAACCUUUGACUAUGAGAACUGUGACAUCAACCCCUUGGACCCCGGAGAGUGCAACCCGCUCAUUCCCAGGAAAGGACAAGGGCGGCCUGACUGGGCAAUAUUUGGAAGAGUUACGGAGCACAAUGAGACUAUUCUGUUCAAAGAGAAAUUCCUUGACUGGACAGAGCUGAAGAGACCUACAGAGAAGAAUUCCGGAGAAGUUGUCCAACAGAAGGAUGACCCGAGGGCUGACAUCAAACCAUAUGAUGUGACACGGAUGGUGGCAACGCCCCAGAUGACAGCCAGCACCAUCUUAGAUGGGGUGAACGUUGGCCGUGGCUAUGGCCUGGUGGAAGGAGACGACAGAAGACAGUUUGAGAUUGCCACUGUCUCUGUGGAUGUUUGGCAUAUUCUGGAAUUUGACUACAGCAGGCUCCCCAGGCAGAGCAUCGGGCAGUUCCAUGAGGGGGAUGCCUAUGUGGUCAAGUGGAAGUACACAGCGAGCUCAGCAGUGGGAAGCCGACAAAAGGGAGAACACCCCGUGAGAGUGGCUGGCAAAGAGAAGUGUGUCUAUUUCUUCUGGCAAGGCCGGCACUCAACCGUGAGUGAGAAGGGAACGUCAGCUCUCAUGACGGUGGAACUGGAUGAAGAGAGGGGGGCCCAGGUCCAGGUCCUGCAGGGAAAGGAGCCGCCCUGCUUCCUACAGUGUUUCCAGGGGGGCAUGGUGGUGCACUCCGGACGGAGGGAAGAGGAAGAAGAAAAUGUGCAAAGUGAGUGGAGACUGUAUUGUGUGCGAGGAGAGGUGCCCAUGGAAGGGAACUUGCUAGAAGUGGCCUGUCACUGCAGCAGCCUGAGGUCCAGGACUUCCAUGAUUGUUCUCAAUAUAAACAAGGCCCUCAUCUACCUGUGGCACGGGUGCAAAGCACAAGGCCAUACGAAGGAGGUUGGAAGGACUGCAGCAAAUAAGAUCAAGGAAGAAUGUCCCCUGGAAGCAGGCUUGCACAGCAGCAGCAAUGUGACAAUACAUGAGUGCGAUGAAGGAUCCGAGCCCCUGGGAUUCUGGGAUGCUCUGGGGAGGAGGGACAGGAAGGCCUAUGACUGCAUGCUUCAAGAUCCUGGAAGUUUUAACUUCGCGCCCCGCCUGUUCAUCCUCAGCAGCUCCUCCGGGGACUUCUCAGCGACAGAGUUCGUGUACCCUGCGCGAGCGCCCUCUGCCGUCAGCUCCAUGCCUUUCCUGCAGGAGGAUCUGUACAGUGCACCACAGCCAGCUCUCUUCCUCGUUGACAACCAUCACGAGGUGUACCUCUGGCAAGGCUGGUGGCCCACUGAAAACAAGAUAACCGGUUCUGCCCGCAUUCGCUGGGCUUCGGACCGGAAGAGCGCCAUGGAGACGGUCCUGCAGUACUGCCGAGGAAAGAAUCUGAAAAGGCCACCCCCCAAGUCUUACCUUAUCCAUGCUGGUCUAGAGCCCCUGACGUUCACCAACAUGUUCCCCAGCUGGGAGCACAGAGAAGACAUUGCUGAGAUCACAGAGACGGAUACUGAAGUUUCCAACCAGAUCACCCUGGUGGAAGACGUCUUAGCCAAGCUCUGCAAAACCAUCUAUCCACUGGCAGAUCUGCUUGCCAGGCCACUCCCAGAGGGGGUAGACCCUCUAAAGCUUGAGAUUUAUCUCACAGAUGAGGACUUCGAGUUUGCACUCGACAUGACCAGAGAUGAAUUCAAUGCACUGCCCACCUGGAAGCAAGUGAACCUAAAAAAAGCGAAGGGCCUGUUCUGAGGGUGAGAGGGCGGAGCCACAGAGGGGGAAGGGCCUGUUCUGAGGGUGAGAGGGCGGAGCCACAGAGGGGAAGGGCCUGUUCUGAGGGUGAGAGGGCGGAGCCACAAAGGGGUCGCUGCCACUAGACCAGAAAAUGGAUGGAGAUAUAUCUUUGGACUAGUAUUUUUUCUGUCAAAGAAGAAAGUAUUUUUGAAUCAGAGUUUUUCCAAACCUGAUCUUAUUAACUCUACAGCCUGUCCUGGAGUUGCGCAUUCUGUAAAUGUAUAGAACUCUUCGGAUUGUUCUUUUCCACAGUUCAGGAGAACUGAAAAGAAAAGCGUCUCUUCCGUUCGCCUCAGCCAAGUGCUGCCUCAGUGGCCGCUGCAGCCCGACCCUCCUGUUCCGGCUCAGCGGUGCCUUUUUAAAAGCAAUUCUCUUUAUAAAGUGUUAUUUUGAUAGUUUGUGAAUCCUAAAUAUAUAUAUAUAUAUUUAUAUAAACACCUAUAAAUCAACUAUGUAUUUAACAAAGCAAUAUGUAUUCAUUCACUUGCAACUGUUUUCUUUGAUGUCAAAACAAUGUUCCCAGGUAGAGGGCUGUCUGGGCCGCUUCUGUUGAGUUAAGCCUGCCACCAGUCUGGCCUGUGCGCAGGAGUGCCUCCUUCAGCCGUAGCUCUGGCUUGUGCUGAGUUCUGCUUCCGGUGCUAAGGUGAACAAAGACUUUGUACUCCUGGUGUGAACUCUGAAGAAUCAGCCUUCCUACCUUAAUGUCUGCCCAGAAAUGUACAGUGCCUUGUUCUGUGUACAGUUUCUAUACAGAAACGCUUGUUCUGCUUUUUUGAAGCUGGUUUGGAACAUUAGCCACAGUUUUAUUCUCAGUAGAAAUAAAAACAUCUCAAUUUCUCAUACCCACUGUAAACAUUACACAUGUCAUUUUGUGACAGAGGAUCCAAAAAUAAAAUUUCAGAGUAAUCACAA